GGUGAAAGCCGUAAACUGACGAGUCGGAGAGCGAACGAUAGGGGAGAGAGAGAGAGAGAGAGAGAGAGAGAGGGUUUCAGAUUUGCGCCCUUUUCCGAACGAUUUCUGUCCUUCGUUUCUCUGCGAUCCCGCGAACGUUUCGCUCGGUUUUCAGGGUAUCUAGAGUUUCCUGCGUUCGAUUCUCCUGUAAUUGUUGUUGUGGAGAGCGAAGCGAGAUUACUGAGUUCUGAGGUCAUCGGGGGAAUUGGGUAGAGUUCGUUUAAUGGUUUUCUCCUUCAAUUCAAGGUUUUGAUUGAAGAUAUGGGCACUGGAGAUGCUGAUCCUUUGGAUGACGAGGGCAGCGGAGGACUUUUUCUCAGUUCCUCAUCGGUUUCAUGCUCGAUUUGCCUGGAGAUUGUGAAGGAUAAUGGGGACAGAUCGAGAGCUAAGCUGCAAUGUGGGCAUGAAUUUCAUCUUGAUUGCAUUGGUUCGGCCUUCAAUGCAAAGGGAGUGAUGCAAUGCCCUAAUUGCAGAAAAAUUGAGAAAGGUCAAUGGCUUUAUGCUAAUGGUUGCCGUUCAUUUACCGAGUUUAGCAUGGAAGACUUAACCCAUGAUGAGGAUCUGUAUGAUCUAAGUUAUUCUGAAAUGCCAUUCGGAGUCCAUUGGUGUCCGUUUAGUGGAUUCUCUCGAGUUCAUUCAUCAUUUGAGGAAGGUGAAUCUCCAUCAACCGCAUAUCAUGAUCUUCUGGGACAUCAUGCCAUCUUUGCUGAAGAUACAGCUGCGUCAUCUGCACCUCAUUCUUGCCCUUAUGUUGCCUACUUCCAACCGCUUCAGCCUUCAUCCUCGACCUCAAGUGAGAGCCUUGCAGAUGGUCCUAAUUUUAACCAUCAUUGGAAUAGCCUGUCAGGACCUGGUGAUAUCUCAUCAACUUCCCAUCCUUUUCCUGCUGUGGAUCUUCACUAUCAUGGUUGGGGCCACCACUCUCCUCCUUUCUCUCCAAACAAUGGUCGUAUUGGCGGUGCCGAUCAAGCUUCACUUCCAUCUGCAACAAUAAGAUCAAAUAGGGGUGAUUCUGAUGGUAUACCAAGGCCGGGAUCUUUUGUGCACCCUUUUCUUCUCGGUCAUGGAUCUGGUCCUCGAGCUGGGAGCUCGGUGGUUUCCUCAAUAGUACCACCUUAUCCAGGCAGCAGUGCUCGAGCCCAUGAUAGGAUCCAGGGUCUCCAUGCUUACCAUCAACAGCAGCAGCCUAACAAUUCACCAGGCAUGCGUUCACCUAUCAUUUCAGCCAUGAGAAGAACCAGUGGUCCUAGGGGCUUGGCUCCUGUAGGUCCUGUGCCUUCAUCGACUGAUCAUAAUGGUGCCUUCUAUGUCUUUCCAUCUUCAGGCUCGUCCGGUCGGAGCCUCCAAGAACCAGAGAAUCCAGUACGAAGCCGUUUCUAUGCGUGGGAAAGGGAUCGCUUUGCUCCAUUCCCAUUGAUCCCAGUUGACAGAGAGUCGAGUUGGUGGGGGCCAUUCCCUCAGGCUGCCGGUGGCUCAGAUUCUGGCAGCCGAGCUAGUGGGUUUUGGCAGAGGCAUGGAUCAGAGAGGACGUCGUCGCAAAGUCGAUUGGAGAGUUCUUCCUACCAGCCAGUUCAUCCUUCUGGUCGGAUGUUUCCUUUCCUAUGAAGCACAAGAGGACUCUAAACUGAACCAAAUUAUAUAUGAGAGAUGAUAUAUUGCUGCAAGUCUGUAAAUCCCAACAGACUUAUCGUUACUGUGUGGCCCCGAAAACUGAAAAACUAUCAUUUGGCUGUCACGCGGCUGUGUGGUGACCUUGGCUUCCUCUUCAUUUCGGCUUCGAGGAACAUAAAAUAAUAUUAUCAUGUGGAAUGGCAAGAAAGGAGGAAUUAUUCUUGUUUUA